AUGGCAUCAAUUAAGAGUUUUCCUAGGAAUAUUAACUGGCCUUCUGAUGUAGACAUUAGAAGAGUUGAAAGGCCUAAUCCAACGGUAAAAGCUAUAAAGUCAAUAUUAUAUAAUGGUGGAUCAAUUUAUGCAUUUUUAUAUUUUUUUGUCGCUAUGUUUGUUGAACCAAUGAUACAAAAGCAGUAUUUGCAGAGGCAUGACUUCUCUUUGUUUAUUUUAUUGCGUCUGAGGGGAAUGAUAUCUAAACUGCAAAAACGACUAGUGAUGACCCCAGUAUCCUCACUAGGAUAUAAUGAACAGAAUAAUUAUGUAGAGCGAUCCACUCAGACUUCUGAUGACAAUACAAUACAAGAGGGCAACAGCUAUUGGACUGAAAUGAUUGAUCAAUUGCAAACAGUAAAGCGAGAAUUACAAUAUUUUAAUGGAUCCACCGACCGACCUUCUGAAAGUAUAGACGAUUUCGUCUUUCAAGUUAAGAUGGUAACAGACCAAGUUGAAUUGACAGAUAGAUCUCAAAAUCUCUCAAAAAAAUCAAGAGAUGUCAUUCAAAGUAUCCGGGAGAUUAAGGGCUGGUUUGUGAAUGGUCAAGUGCCAAGAUAUUGUUAG